UCAUCGUCGUCGUCGGCAAGGCGAGCCCGCUGCCGGGUUAGAGGAGACGCGGGAGGCGGAGACUAGCAGGCAGGCAGGCAGGGGAGGGAGAAGAUGGCGGAGGCAAAGAGUUGGAGUACACCCUGAAAUAAGAAAAAUAGUAUUGCUUCAAGCUUCUUGGUCAUCCUCCCUUCUCUCCCAACAUAUGCGUUGCAUUUUGCUGUAAGUACAGGCGGCCAUGGCAGAUGACGAUGAUACGCAGCCAUCCAGCCCAAAGAAGUGCGGUCCGUACAUUUCCUCGGUGACCAGCCACAGCCUGAACUUGAUGAUCCGUGGGAUAGUCCUGUUUUUAAUUGGUGUCUUUCUUGCUCUAGUAUUAAACUUGCUACAGAUUCAAAGAAACGUCACCUUGUUUCCACCGGAUGUGAUCACCAGCGUCUUCUCUUCGGCUUGGUGGGUACCGCUUUGCUGUGGAACAGCAUCAGCUGUGAUUGGGUUAUUGUACCCCUGCAUGGAUCGACACCUGGGAGAGCCACACAAAUUUAAGAGGGAAUGGUCCAGUGUGAUGCGGUGUGUGGCAGUCUUUGUUGGUAUAAAUCAUGCCAGUGCUAAAGUGGAUUUUGCCAACAACAUCCAGUUGUCCCUCACACUUGCUGCACUUUCAAUUGGGUUGUGGUGGACGUUCGAUCGAUCUCGAAGUGGCUUCGGCCUGGGAAUAGGAAUUGCAUUUCUUGCCACAUUGGUGACUCAGCUUCUCGUCUACAAUGGAGUUUAUCAAUACACAUCUCCUGACUUCCUUUAUGUGCGUUCCUGGUUACCCUGUAUAUUUUUUGCUGGUGGAAUAACUAUGGGGAACAUUGGCAGGCAGCUGGCAAUGUACGAAUGCAAAGUUAUUGCAGAAAAGUCUCAUCAAGACUGAAAAAGAG